AUGAGUGAACCAACUGGAACGGUAUCAACACAAGAAGGAACGAAACAACCUACAACUGUACUAACUCUACAGGAAACACCUUCUCCCUCGACCAUAGCUGACAACAAUAUUGUUAACGUACAACCAUUGCCCCAAACUCAAGCUCGUAUUUCGGGUACAAUACGCGGUAGAGGACCUGGUUUCACUGGUGGACCCGGAUUAUUUGAAGUUUCACCUACAGGAGAAAUACUUCAUGAAAGUAUUCCUCAUAGCAAAGAAUUAGAACAUCUUGCUGAACUGAAAGAAGUUGCUUCAGAAUAUACUCGUGGAGGUGUUGGAGUUUCUAAGGGUAGCCCCGCAAGUAUUGCUCAAACUGGAAUUCCUCCUUUAACUGUUCAGGGCAUGGUACUACCAUCUGGCCAAGUUGAUGAGGAGAAAUUGGCUCGUGAAUUAAAGGAGGAAGCUCAACAACGCGCCAUAUAUGAAGCUCAACAUAUAGGACGUAUUCCUAUAGCUGGACCGGCAUCUAAAGUUGAAGAAGCGGCUGAAAAAAUUGAGCAGAUUGUUAAAAUUGAUAAGGGAGAAGAACGAACACCGUCACCGGUACAACCUCCAAAUAAAAGUCAAUACGGUCAAGUAAGUCAAUACGAUCUAGCGGGUGGUCCAUAUAUCCAAAAUCCCGGUGGAGGGUUGUUUUCUUCUAUAUUUUCCACUGUAAUACCAGAGACUGGUCAAAUAUAUCAUGAAAAUAUUGAACAAAGUAAAGAAUUUCAACACCUUUCGGAAUUAAAAGAAGUUGCAUCCGAACGUGCUAAACGUGAGGUCGUUGGAACGGGGAUUCCUCGUGGAAGUACCGCUGCGAUUGCACAAUCAGCGAUGGGCAAAUACGCAUCCGCAAUAGGCGAUGAGAUUGGUGUACCCGCUUUGGCAGUUCAAGGUAUGGUGCCUAUUGCCCCGUAUGAAGAAGAAGCUAAUAUUCGCGCAGAAUAUGAAAAACAAGUGUAUAGAUAUUUACCAAUUACGACUCCCGCUUCAAAGGUUGACGAAGCUGCAAGAAAAAUGGAGAAAGUAUUGAGAAUUGACGAAGGAAAAGAAGCUCCUCCGAAUCGAGCUUCUAUGCAACCUCCUGCUACGAAUAUUGGUGAUGAGACUACCGCUGCUGAAUUACGAAAAAAUGAAUUACCUACUACUUUUGUUGGUGGAACUGGCGGUUUAGAAUCACAACGACAUGUAAUUUCAUCUUUAGAUCAAGAACAAAGAGAUAAAAUUCAAAAAAAAUCCGAAGAGAAUCAACUUACCGAAAGGGGAUCAUUACCAUUAAAUGAAGAAGUAACAACUGCAGCGGAAAGUUCCAAAUCAGAACAACAACGAGAAAUUCCAGGGCUGCAACAAUAA